CAGCGCAGGCCGCUCUCCGCAUCCCUCUCGCCCAUCCCCUCCCGCCAGCUGCCACUUGCAGUAGUGGUGAUGCUGCUCCCUGGCGUGUAGAGGAGGAGAGAGAGCGUGCCCGCUGCCCAAUGACAGCGCAGGAUGCUGAGAGAGGCUGCUCGGGUGAAUGGAGGCGACAAGAUGCCGUCUAGAGCGGCGAAGAAGAGGAAUUAACAUCGAUAAAGAUCUGACUUUGAUCUACUCCACCUUUUCAGACAUGAAAUAAGUCAUCCAUGUGCAGUUCUAAGAGUCAGAGCAGUCUCAUUAUAACUCGCCCCUGUUAAGGACCCCUCUGGUGGCUACACCGCCGAAUCACAGGACAUGUACGGCAGUGCCAGAGCUGUAGGCCAUGUAGAGAGCAGCCCCGUACGGUCCCCGCGCCUACCAAGGUCCCCCAGACUGGGCCAUCGAAGGGCACACAGUGGGAGCGGGGGCGGUGCGGGGGGCAAGACGCUCUCCAUGGAGAACAUCCAGUCCCUCAACGCUGCCUAUGCUACUUCGGGGCCCAUGUACCUGAGUGACCACGAGGGCGUGGGCUCCACUGCCACCUACCCAAAAGGCACUAUGACUCUGGGUCGCGCCACCAGUCGGGCCAUGUAUGGGGGCCGUGUCACAGCCAUGGGCAGCAGUCCCAAUAUUGCUUCUGUGGGGCUGCCUCAUGCUGACCUUCUGUCUUACAGUGACCUGGGCUCCCUCUCCAUGCUGCACCCCCACCACCACCAGGGGGUGCCCUCUGCUCUGCUGAGGCAGGCAGUGCGGGGCAGUGGUGGGGAGCUGCUGGAGAUGCAGGCCCAGCUCAGGGAGAUGCAGAGGGAGAAUGAGAUGCUGCGACGGGAGCUUGACCUGAAGGACAGUAAGUUGGGAUCUUCCACCAACAGUAUCAAGAGUUUCUGGAGUCCUGAACUGAAGAAGGAGAGGAUAAUGAGGAAAGAAGAGGCGGCUCGUACGUCAAUCCUCAAAGAGCAAAUGAGAGUCACUCAUGAGGAGAACCAGCAUCUUCAGAUGACCAUCCAAGCUCUGCAGGAUGAAUUGCGCACACAGCGAGACCUCAACCACCUGCUGCAGCAGGAGAGCGGUAACCGCUCUGGGUCUGAGCAUUUCACCACCAUUGAGCUGACAGAGGAGAACUUCCGACGGCUGCAGGCUGAACAUGACAGACAGGCCAAGGAGCUCUUCCUGCUGAGAAAGACCCUAGAGGAGAUGGAACUGAGGAUUGAGACCCAGAAACAAACCCUGGGUGCCAGAGAUGAGUCAAUUAAGAAGUUGCUUGAGAUGCUACAGAGCAAAGGGCUGCCCCCGGGCCCGGGCAGGGCGACCGAGGAGGAGGAGCAAGAACGAGCUCGGCGCAUUGCAGAAGCAGAGGCGCAACUGGGACACCUGGAGGUCAUUCUGGAUCAAAAGGAGAAGGAAAACAUCCAUUUGCGAGAGGAACUGCACAGAAGAAAUCAACUGCAUCAGGACCCAAGUAAAACUAAGGCCCUGCAGACCAUUAUAGAGAUGAAAGACACCAAAAUUGCCUCUCUGGAACGCAACAUUCGGGAUCUGGAGGAUGAGAUUCAAAUGCUGAAGGCAAACGGCUUACUGAACACAGAGGACAGAGAAGAGGAAAUCAAACAGAUGGAGGUCUACAAGAACCACUCUAAGUUUAUGAAGACGAAGAUUGACCAGUUGAAGCAGGAGUUGUCAAAGAAAGAGUCAGAACUGCUGGAGCAACGUGCUGCCAUCCUGCAAACGGAGAUUGACCAGUUGAAGCAGGAGUUGUCAAAGAAAGAGUCAGAACUGCUGGCUCUGCAGACGAAGCUAGAGACCCUCAACAACCAGAACUCAGACUGCAAACAGCAUAUCGAGGUGCUCAAAGAGUCUCUCACUGCCAAGGAGCAACGUGCUGCCAUCCUGCAAACGGAGGUUGACGCUUUACGUCUACGUCUGGAGGAGAAAGAGUCCUUCUUGAACAAGAAAACCAAGCAGCUGCAGGACCUGACGGAGGAGAAGGGUACUCUCGCCGGAGAAAUCAGGGACAUGAAGGACAUGCUUGAGGUCAAAGAAAGAAAGAUUAAUGUCCUGCAGAAAAAGAUUGAGAACCUGCAGGAGCAGCUGCGGGACAAAGACAAGCAGCUGGGGAACCUCAAGGACAGGGUCAAGUCUCUGCAGACCGACUCCAGUAACACAGACACUGCCCUGGCCACCCUGGAAGAGGCGCUGUCAGAGAAGGAGAGGAUUAUUGAGCGCUUGAAGGACCAAAGGGAGAGAGAAGACAGAGAACGACUGGAAGAAGUGGAAUCAUAUAAGAAAGAGAACAAGGAAUUGAAGGAGAAGGUGAACAGCCUGCAGAUAGAACUAACAGAAAAGGAGUCCAGUCUCAUCGAUCUGAAAGAACACGCAUCAUCCCUGGCAUCCUCUGGCCUCAAGAAGGAUUCAAAGCUCAAGUCACUGGAGAUUGCAAUUGAGCAGAAAAAAGAGGAAUGUAGUAAGUUGGAGACACAGUUACAGAAGAAAGCCCAUGAAGUGGAGCAGCAGUCGGGCUCCAGAGGGAACCCAGAGUAUGUGGACCGGGUGAAACUGCUGGAAAAGGAGGUGAGCUACUACAAGGAUGAAGCUAAUAAGGCUCAGACAGAGGUGGAGAGACUGCUGGACAUCCUGCGAGAGGUGGAAACCGAAAAGAAUGAUAAGGACAAGAAAAUUGCUGAGUUGGAAAGUCUAGCUCCCAGACAAGGGGGUAAAGAUCAAGCUAAAAAGGGUUCAAACAUCAAACUGGGGCUGCAAGGUGACAAGAAAGGCUUGGGACAGGACCCUCGUAAGGACAGCUCCAUAGAUGGUGGUCACCACUUGAAGUUGGAGGAGCUAAUGAACACGCUAGAAAGGACGAGGCAAGAGCUGGAUGCCACCAAGCAGCGUCUCUCCUCCACACAGCAGUCUUUACAGGAGAGGGACACUCACCUCACCAACAUGAGACAAGAACGCAGGAAACAGCUGGAGGAGAUCCUUGAAAUGAAACAACAAGCUCUGCUGGCAGCAAUUAGUGAGAAAGAUGCUAAUAUUGCACUGCUGGAACUGUCUGCCUCGAAUAAAAAGAAGACCCAGGAGGAGGUGCUAGCCCUCAAGAGGGAGCGGGACAAACUGAUGCACCAGCUCAAACAACAUACACAAAGCAGAAUGAAGCUGAUAGCCGACAACUAUGAAGACGAGCAAUAUCAUCCACAUGCUCCUCACCACCCCCAGUCUCAGCCCCCACAUGCUCCACCUCAGCCCCAGCCCCAGUAUUCCCACGCUCCCCACCCUCAACAGACUCCAUAUCCACACGCCCCGCACCCGCAACAUCCGCAACACCAACAGCAUCCACAGCACCUGCAACACCCACAGCACCCACAGGCAUCCCAGCAACACCCACACCCACAGCAGCCACAGAUGCAGUACCCUCACCCUCCUCACCAGCAACAUCCUCAGCACCCUCAGCCACCUCCCCAGCACCAACAGCACCCACGCCCUCCACAGCCCCAGCACCCUCACCAACAGCACCCCCAGCAUCCUCAGCAGCACCCACAUGGGCAUCUGCCUCCGCAGCACCCUCACCCUCAGCACCCACACGGACCUCCACAACAGGGGCCACACCCCCAACAUCCACACCCUCAGCACCCCCAGCACCCCCAGCACCCUCAGCAUCCCCAACACCCUCACCAUGCCCAACAUCCACGUCACCCGUCGCCCCACCAUCGCGGGGGACCAGCCCGAGGACCCCCGCAUGCUGGUCAUCGCCCUUCCCCAGACCAGGAUGACGAGGAGGGCAUUUGGGCAUAAUCCUUGCUGUGACAACCAAAGCUCUAAUGUUGUUUUGAGGGAUGAUUCAGUCACUACUGGAGGAGCACAGCCAUGCCAUGAUGUUGUAACACUACCCAACUAAAUAUUUAUUACCUCCACUCAAUCAGUACCCAGCAACGGGACCUUUUUUUCCCAGGAAGAGGAGGGGGAACUCAGGUGUGCAGGUCAUGCAUAGAGACUGA